AUGCCUCCAUCAAUGUACAGCAAGGACGAGAAGGUCCUAUGCUUCCACCAAGAGUUACUAUACGAUGCCAAAAUCCUCGAGGUGCGCUUGAAAGACCCCUCCGACAAGAAGAGCCCUCAUGAAUAUCUGGUCCACUACAAGGGCUGGAAGAACACGUAUGUACUCUUUUUCAGUUUCUCGAACCUCGACGCACCCCUCCACCCUGUCAGGUCUCUGGCUCGGUGUCUUGGUGCUGUUGUGCUUCUUUCCCACCUCACUUUGAUCCUUCGCACCCUCUUCCCCCUCCCCCAGUCUUCACAUAUAUCUGCACCUUCUCAGCACCACUCUCAUGGCGAAUCAUGGGAUGACUGGGUACUCGAGGAUCGCCUCAGAAAGGCGUCCGAUGAGAAUCGUGAGCUGGCAUCCAACCUGCGCCGCGAUGUCGAGCAAUCUGCCCGCAAGCAAGCGAAGCCCACAGCCAAGAAGCGCGCCAUGUCUGACCGCAGCUCGGUUCGAGACAGCGAGGAGCGCGGCGCAUCUGUGCCUGGCCGUGGUGGCAAGCGUGCCCGGGGUGAAAAUGACAUUGAGAAAGUAAGUUAUCAAUUUUCAUCUGCUGCCUUGUUUGUUUCAUCGAUGCCUGCCUGA